UAAUAAUAAUAAUAAUAAUAAUAAUAAUAGCAUUUUGCAAAAAUUGUACUCCACAAUUUAAGCUCUAUCUAAAAAAGUCAUUGUCAAAUAAAUGAAUCUAGAAGCACACGCCGAAAUUAUUCAGCAACGUUUGAAACUAGUGGCGCUUACAAUUACAAUAAUUAAUCUACCGCUACCGACGCUUUUCUGAGUCAGCCCACGGAUAAUACUCCUUUUUCCUCCCAAAAUUCCCUUCUACAUAAUCCCUUUUUUUUCCUCCCAAAUUCCUCAAAAACUCUCGUUCAAAUUAAUUUGAAAAAACAAAUCCAGCAGAAAAAAUUCGACAAAAUGGCGUCCACAAUUGCAUCAUUUCCAUCAACCUCAUUUAAUUCGAAUCCAUCCAACAUUGAAAAUUCCAUAAAAUACUCUCACAAAUUCCCGGCAUCUUACGUCACUUUCCGGCGAAAUCUCCCCUCAAUCUCCGCCGUGUGCUCCAUCACUGAAGUUGUUUCUACCUCCAUUCAAACGUCGACGUUUUAUGAAGUGCUCGGAAUCCAAGCUGGUGCGACGAGUAAGGAAAUCAAAGCUGCGUAUAGAAAAUUAGCUAGAGUUCUUCAUCCAGAUGCGGCUGUAGCAUCUAAUGAGAAAAGGGAUACGACGUCGUCUGCGGAGGAAUUUAUUAGGGUUCAUGAAGCGUAUACGACAUUGUCGGACCCUAAAAAGAGGGCUGAUUAUGAUCGGAAAAUGUGGGUUAAUGGCCGUCGAUUGAGAUACUCUCCUACUUAUUGUACUAUGGGUACCACCAAAUGUACAACCUCUUCGUCUUCCGGGUUUUCGGGUUACACCCGACGAACCUGGGAAACUGACCAAUGUUGGUAAAACUAAUGGAUCGGAUAAAAUGUGUAAAUAUGUAUAAUUUGUGAUUCACAAAAUGUAUUCAAAUGUAUGAGUAAAAUGAAAAAAGUUAUGUGAAAAUCAAAUUAAAAAGUCUUUUUGAAAAGUGGUAAUUACUUUAGAUUUGAAAUACGACUUAAUUUUUGUAAUGUUAAUAUUAAAGGAGUUUUAUUGUAAUACGAGCCACUAAAAGUGGCCAUCUAUAGACUAUAUGACUAUAUGUCUUGUGUAUGUAUACAGUCGUACAAUUAUUUCAUCUUCACUCUCUAGUUAUAAUGUCACUCAAUUUUGAUACAUAUGUUUUGUCAAUUCGAGUUAGAAAAAACAUGGAUAUGGUGAGUAACCGCGUCUUCUUGGCUUGUACAAUUAAGUUAACAAUCCGUUUGAUUAAUAGUAUCAAAAUAAUAAAAAUUAUGGUUAUGAUUCAUAGUUAAAUUUUUGGUAAGUUUAACAUGCCAUUUAUAUGAUAAUGAAAA